UGUAAACCUAGCCGGCACGCUUCCUCCCCACUCUGCCAUUCCCCUCCCCCUCGCCUCCUCCUCACCCGAGUCGCUGCGCCGCCGGCUCCGUCGCUUAUCCUGCGCCCUCUACUCCUCGUUUCUCUCCGGGUUACCGCUGCCAUCGCCGUUGCCCCAUCCCGAAAUCCACCUCGAGACUGAGGGGUAGGCAGAAGGACGGCGGGCGUUCCACUCGGGACGGCGAGCCAUGGGUGACGGCGAUCUCGACGCAAGGUUCGGUGGCGGAUUCUGAGGUUGUGGGAGGCUAGAUGAUUUGAAUCAGAGGUGUCAAGAUCCAUCAGGACCGGCGACGUCAUGGACGCCGACGCCGCUUCGGCGCCUCUUGCGCUCCUCCUCGACGCCUCGUGCCCGCUCUUCUGCGUCACCGAGGCCGUCGAGCGGCGCGGGCGCGGCGAACCAGAUGCAGUACUAGUGGGACCAAGGUUGACACGGCACUGGGAGUCAGGCGAUGGAGACGGCCAGAUCGCGAGUCAGGCGAUGGAGACGGCCAGAUCGCCCCGUCUCCAGCUUCCUUGUAGCAGGGCCAUACGAUCCAGGAGGAGCACCUGCUAUUGAAACCACGGUACUGGCUGCAGGAGGCAAUUCAAGGACAGCGUGUUUCGGUUUGAUCUUUGUGAGUGCAAAGAGCAGGAUCUGCUGAAACCAUAAGCACCUUAUCCACAUCUUUGUGUUGUAUGCUGUCAACAACUGCUCACUCACACUCUCUGUUCAGUUUAGUUUAGGCAUAUUCUGUUAGUGCUUUUACAUAUUUAUUUAUUGUUGUCCUGACCAUUGCAUAUUCCUGCAAGUGAAUCUCUUAUGGUACACUAUUUAUUUCGUGUAGUUCAGUUCAAGUAUUACUGAACUCCCUUGUUGUCUUUUGCAAUGGUGGACUGCAGGUUGCUAUGACCAAAUUCUUUCAGAAAAAUCGUCUCUUCUCCAUCUAUGUGAAGGUUGGAUUUGAUAUCCACCUCACAAGGCAGCCCCGCCUUAACUGAGAGUUCCAUAUUUGAAAUCAGUAAAAUAUUUGGAGAUCCAGUGCUCCAACAACUCUAUCAUCCAAUUUUCUGAUUGGUUCCGAGGUAAAGAUGGCUGGUGGAGCAGCUGGAGAGGAUUGAGUCCAAGCUGUGUGCUAUGAGAAAAAUGGAUGGUUCAUUUGUAGAAUUUAUGAUAGAUUUAAUGGACGAGAUGCAGCUGAUUUUCUGGCGGUGGCUCUAUAUGGUAGCAUAGUAUAUUACCUUUACUUGUUAGAGUGUCGUAUCAAGCAACAAGAUGGCCUAUAUAGCUCAUCAGAGGACUCCCUUAAUGGGGUUAAAAGUUAGUUAACACUAGCCAUGGAAAUUGCAGAGAAUGAUGUAAAACUUUCUGAAAGUUUUCGAGCUGGUGUGCUAAAUUGCCUUAUUUCUGCUGUUGAGCAAGCUGAGAAUGACUUCUUAUGCAUGGUUGAACAAGAUAUGGAUGAUAGACCAAAUUUAGUUUCAGUUGGAUCUUGUGUCCUGGUUGUGCUUGUCGAGGGAACAGAUUUCUGCAUUCUAAAUCUUGGGGAUAGUUGGGUUGUGCUUGCUUCCAUGCCAUGAAUACUCUAUUGUUGUUGUUACACAUUGUUGUGCCAAUUGCAUAUUCCUGCAGGUGAAUCUCUUAUGGUUAUUGUUUGUUUUUCAUGCCCAUUGGUAUUCCAAGAGUAUCUGUUAUUAUAUUCAAAUUCAUGCUCAGAUAGAAAAUCUCAUGAAAAUGGAAUUCUCCUCCUAGGUGUUCUGUAUGCGCCCGUAUUGCAGGACGACUUCUACCUCAACUUCGUGGAUUGGUCUUCGCACAAUGUCCUCUCGGCCGGAUCGGGGAAUUGCGUCUACCCGUGGAAUGCAGCAACAAGGUCACCAAGCUCUACGAUUUGGGGGCGGGCCACACUGUUUAUUAGUUGGGCGCAAUGUGGCACCCACCUAUCUGUAGGUUCUAAUUAUGGGCCUGGAAAAGUCAAAACAAAUAGCUUGCUUAGAGGAAUCCCACAUGGACGAUGUAACACAGGUUCGAUUUGCACCGAACCAGCAGAGUAAACUCAUUUCUGCGGCAGUGGAAGAUUUAAUGUGUGUCUUCGACACAUAUGGUGAUGGCCACCGCAACGGCGGGCAGCACGCCGAUCAACACUGAGUCGUUGACCAUAACCAAGGUGGGCGAGAAGAAGAGCUACACCGUGAGGGAAGCCUAGCAUGAACAGAUUUGGAUUCGGAUUCGGCCGGUUCGUCUGGUCUAGUGACACAAAGUGGUAGCCAGCCCGACCCUUGGGAUGUGGACCUAAUCGUUGCUUUUGAACCAGUAUCAUGUAUAUUAUCCCUCAUGCAAACCUUUAAGACUGCUUCCUGCCAGUUGAUACGCACUUGUUAAUAUCUAUGAUCUCUUGUUCAUUGUUCCA